AUGGAUGGGCCAUAUUUCGGACCCUUUAAUCCUCAAACAUUUCUCGAGCCACCGAUAACCCAUGCUUCGAUGUUUGCUCUGGAGCAAUUUCGCCUAUGCACCGCAGAAGGAGAAGAGAUAGGACUCGAUAUGAUACAUGAAGACAAUGCAAAUGAAGCUGCAGACAUCAUGGCAUCCGGGUUAUACUGGGAGGGACUCGUCCUCUUUGAAGAAUCUGACAGACGCGAAAUAUCAAGGAAUGGGCUACGACAACUUCAGAGGUUCUCUGAAGAGCAAGGAAUGCCCGUAAACUGGGAGGAAAAUACACGAAUCUUACUGCGAGCGGAGUACUGGAGGCAUGCCAUCAUCUUGGAUAAUACGAAACCUCAGUGGCCGGUCUCAGCUACAGUGUUCAUCGACACACGCUCAGAUGGCGACCCGAAUGCAGCGGGCAGCGAGAUAGGAUAUCGUCGGUUCAAAGUCAAGCGUUCGCCUCGGUUCACCCAGCUUUCCACAAAAUCACUUUCGCAAGCGGUUCUGUAUCAUAUCAUGACUUAUAUCAGCAGAGUGAAAGGACGUCACGUCUCUUUCGAUCAGAGAGACGUUUCCUGGUAUGCGUCCUGGUUCCGCCAGCUCUAUUCGAAGGACCCUCGAGCCGAUUUUGCCGAGCUUUUGAGAGUCCAAUUGGAAUCCCAUGCGUUUGUUGAGGUCCUAGUUGCUCAUAGGCGACUCAUUUCCAAAGGAAAUGUGACAUUGUUCAUGCGGCGUCAACGCCCUGUGGCUGCACAGUCUCCAGAGCUGGAAGAUAAUGUGCCCAGGAUGCAGGAAGAAGACGAAUUAAUGGACAAUGAAUAUGGCGAAGAAUUUGAUCAAUACAAUCGUAUGACACCAGGAGUCGGUCGAUAUCUCUCUCGACGAUGGGCCGCGAUAUCAACGCAAUUACAGGCGCUCUUUUUCGCGUUCAUUUACUCCAAUUGCACGCACGGCAACGAGGAAUUACGAGGAGAGCAGAGAUGGAUCUUCCUCGCGGAGCUCACGCGCAUCUUCUUACGACCCAGACGACCUCCGAAGGCUCAUUCCAGUAGAAAUGAGAGGAAACAAUCCUGUUCUUCCGCCGAGCUGUAUAUGGCAUUGUCCAGUGUCGGGUUGUUAUACUGUGCUGAACUUGAAGGGAACCCUGCCCCGUUGGGCCCUUCAACUACUCGACUCAAACCAAAUCAGGUUUCUUCGGCAUGGCGGUUUCACGGCGCGCUCAGGAGACGCACAGCAUAUCUUUCGUACCAUGCUGAAUGCACACUAUAA